AUGGUCAAGCCGUCGUUCCCCGCGUUCAAAGAGAAAGAGAAAGAGAAACACCUGAUGGCCCCCAUAGAGUUCUGCGUCCCCGAGGAAGACAAAGCCAAAGCGAUGGACGAGUUGGAGGCGAUGAAAUUUGACCUGGAGAUCCCGGCUGACAAGUGGAAAGCGCGCGUCAAACCAAUGCUGGCCAACUACAAGAUGAGGACUGGAAAUCACCACGUGCCGCGCGACUACGUGAUCCCAACGCACUCUAGAAACAAUUAUUGGGAAGAGAAAGACAAGGGUAUCCAGCUGGGUAAGCUGGUGUACAACCACGGAUGGACGAGGAUGAUGAAAUAG